AUGUCGUACCUCCACGACCUGGACAUCGUCCACGGGGGCCUCUCAUCGUUCAACGUGCUGCUCACCAGCGCAAGCACAGAGGCCGCGCGCGCGUCCCGCGGCUUCAGCGCCAAGGUGUCUGACUUUGGCGUGGCGCGCUGCCUAGACCACAAGAGCCGCGUUGAGACGGCCACCCACGGCACCGUAUCACACAUGGCCCCCGAGGUGCUGGAGCGGGGCGAGCUUUCCAAGGCUGCGGACGUCUACUCCUUUGGGGUGGUGCUCUGGCAGAUGUGCGCCGGCCGCCGCGUGUGGGCGGGCCUGACUCACGCCGCCAUCGUCAAGGCCGUCUGCGCCGAGGGCCGCCGCCUGGAGUUUGGCCCCGAGACCCACGAGGGUGUCGCCCUGCUGGCCCAGGCCUGCAUGGCGCGGGACCCCCGGGAGCGCCCCUCCUUCAGGGAGGUGCUGGAAGUCCUGGAGCCACUGGGGGCCGCCCUGAUCGACUCUGCGCCGUGCCGCUCUCACUAA